AUGACAACUGAACGGUUAUUCGGUGUCAUGAAUUCAUGUGAAUUCUAUGAAUGGUGGAAGUUGCAAUGGCUGUUUGGCCAUACCAUAACUGCUGCUGCUACCGACACUCCUGUCGUGGCUUCUACUGAUAAUUUCUUUGCUGCUACUGAUACUCCUGCUGGUGCUGCUGAUAUUCUUGCUGCUUCCACUGGUACUCCUGCUGCUGCUACCGACACUCCUGCCACUGCUGCUACUUAUAAUUUCGGUGCUGCUACUGAUACUCCUGCUGUUGCUACUACUGAUACUCCUCCUGCUGCUACUGAUACUCCUGUUGCUACAACUACUGAUACUCCUCCUGCUGCCACUGAUAGUCCUCCUGCUGCUAGUGAUACUCCUCCUGCUGCCACUGAUAGUCCUCCUGCUACUACUGAUACUCCUCCUGCUGCUACUGAUACUCCUGCUGUUGCUACUACUGAUACUCCUCCUGCUGCUACUGAUACUCCUGUUGCUGCUACUAUUGAUACUCCUUCUGCUGCUACUGCUACUCCUGUUGCUGCUACUACUGAUACUCCUCCUGCUGCCACUGAUACUCCUCCUGCUGCCACUGAUAGUCCUCCUGCUGCUAGUGAUACUCCUCCUGCUGCCACUGAUAGUCCUCCUGCUACUACUGAUACUCCUCCUGCUGCUACUGAUACUCCUGCUGUUGCUACUACUGAUACUCCUCCUGCUGCUACUGAUACUCCUGUUGCUGCUACUAUUGAUACUCCUUCUGCUGCUACUGAUACUCCUGUUGCUGCAACUACUGAUACUCCUCCUGCUGCCACUGAUACUCCUCCUGCUGCCACUGAUAGUCCUCCUGCUACUACUGAUACUCCUCCUGCUGCCACUGAUACUCCUCUUGCUGCUACUGAUACUCCUCCUGCUGCUACUGAUACUCCUGCUUUGUUUCUUGGUGUGACUGCCGUUGUUGUUGCAGUUGCCAAAGUUGUUGUUCUUUAUAGUGACUAUAGUAUCUGGAAUUUCGCUGCCGAUGUUGUUGUUGUCCUUGUUGGUGUUGUGUCUUUUGAUGAAGCAAUUACUAUUUCUCUUACUGUUGUUUUUUGA